AUGGCCCCCGCCGUCGGUAUCGAUCUGGGUACCACGUACUCUUGCGUGGGUAUCUACCGUGACGAUCGCAUUGAGAUUAUUGCCAAUGACCAGGGUAACCGCACCACGCCGUCUUUCGUGGCCUUCACGGACACGGAGCGGUUGAUUGGUGAUGCCGCCAAGAACCAGGUCGCCAUGAACCCCCAGAACACGGUCUUCGACGCCAAGCGUCUGAUUGGCCGCAAGUUCGCCGACCCCGAGGUCCAGGCCGACAUGAAGCACUUCCCCUUCAAGGUCGCCGACCGUGGUGGCAAGCCCGUCAUUGAGGUCGAGUUCAAGGGCGAGACCAAGCAGUUCACCCCGGAGGAGAUUUCCUCCAUGGUUCUCAUCAAGAUGCGUGAGACUGCCGAGUCCUACCUGGGUGGCACCAUUAACAACGCCGUCGUCACCGUCCCGGCCUACUUCAACGACUCCCAGCGCCAGGCCACCAAGGAUGCCGGUCUCAUUGCCGGCCUCAACGUCCUGCGCAUCAUCAACGAGCCCACCGCCGCCGCCAUUGCCUACGGCCUGGACAAGAAGGUCGAAGGCGAGCGCAACGUCCUGAUUUUCGAUCUGGGCGGUGGUACGUUUGAUGUCUCGCUGCUCACCAUUGAGGAGGGCAUCUUCGAGGUCAAGUCGACGGCCGGCGACACCCACCUGGGUGACGUCAGCACCAACGCCCGUGCUCUGCGCCGUCUCCGCACCGCUUGCGAGCGUGCCAAGCGCACCCUCUCGUCGUCCGCUCAGACGUCCAUCGAGAUCGACUCUCUGUUCGAGGGCAUCGACUUCUACACCUCCAUCACUCGUGCCCGCUUCGAGGAGCUGUGCCAGGACCUGUUCCGCUCUACCCUGCAGCCCGUUGACCGUGUCCUGACGGAUGCCAAGAUCGACAAGUCCCAGGUCCACGAGAUCGUCCUGGUCGGCGGUUCCACCCGCAUUCCCCGCAUCCAGAAGCUGAUCACCGACUACUUCAACGGCAAGGAGCCCAACAAGUCCAUCAACCCCGAUGAGGCUGUCGCCUACGGCGCUGCCGUCCAGGCUGCCAUCCUCAGCGGUGACACCUCGUCCAAGUCCACCAACGAGAUCCUGCUGCUCGAUGUUGCCCCCCUGUCGCUCGGUAUCGAGACUGCCGGUGGCAUGAUGACCAAGCUCAUUCCCCGCAACACCACCAUUCCCACCAAGAAGUCUGAGGUCUUCUCCACCUUCUCCGACAACCAGCCCGGCGUGCUUAUCCAGGUCUUUGAGGGUGAGCGCCAGCGCACCAAGGACAACAACCUGAUGGGCAAGUUCGAGCUCACCGGCAUCCCCCCCGCGCCCCGCGGUGUUCCCCAGAUCGAGGUUACCUUCGACCUUGACGCCAACGGUAUCAUGAACGUGUCGGCUGUCGAGAAGGGCACCGGCAAGUCUAACCAGAUUGUCAUCACCAACGACAAGGGCCGCCUGUCCAAGGACGACAUCGAGCGCAUGCUCGCAGAGGCCGAGAAGUUCAAGGAGGAGGACGAGGCCGAGGGCCGCCGUGUCGCUGCCAAGAACGGCCUGGAGUCGUACGCCUAUUCUCUUCGCAACACCCUGAGCGACUCCAAGGUCGACGAGAAGCUUGACGCUGCCGACAAGGAGAAGCUCAAGGGUGAGAUCGACCGCGUUGUCAGCUGGCUCGACGAGAGCCAGCAGGCUACCCGCGAGGAGUACGAGGAGCACCAGAAGGAGCUCGAGGCCGUUGCCAACCCCAUCAUGAUGAAGUUCUACGGAUCUGGCGGUGCUCCCGGUGGCGCUCCCGAUGGUGCCCCUGGUGGCUUCCCCGGUGCUCCCGGCGGUGCCACGCACGACGACGGCCCGACCGUCGAGGAGGUCGACUAA